GGAAGUUUCAGGUGGAGAGAGUAUAAAUCGACGAUAGGCACUUUUUAUUGUAAAGAGAUAAAUUCCUUUAUUGCAAAAACUUUCCGUAUUAAAUAAUAGAAAAUGGCUUCUAAUAAACCAGGAAAAGGAUUAGAAAAGAUGGAAAUUGAUGAAAUCGACCAAUCUCCUUCGACUUCUGCUUCAAUACGAAUACAGAAACAAAUUUUAGCGAAAAACGCAGUUCCAUCAGUUUCAAUAUCUUUACAUCCCUUAGUUUUGAUGAAUAUAGCUGAACAUUGGACACGUAUAAGAGCACAAGAAGGAAGAGCUAAUGCAGUUUAUGGAGCUUUAAUUGGCAAACAAGACGGUAGAAAAAUCGAAGUUUAUAAUUCAUUUGAGCUGAGAUAUGAAGUCAUUGAUGAUGAUGUUAUCAUAAACCGGGAUUAUUACAAUACAAAGGAGGAGCAGUAUAAACAGGUGUUUAGUGAUCUCGAUUUCUUGGGAUGGUACACAACUGCACCACAGCCCAAUGAAAAACACAUCAAAAUUCAUCGACAGAUCUGUCAAAUUAAUGAGAGUCCAAUUCUCCUUCAAAUGGACACUAGUAGCAAACAUGUUGAACAAUUACCGAUCCAACUUUUUGAAUCUGUCAUCGAUAUUGUCGCAGGAGAAGCUACGAUGCUUUUUGUUCCACUCACUUAUACUUUAGCGACUGAAGAAGCUGAACGGAUUGGUGUUGAUCAUGUCGCUCGACAUGCCAUGGCACAAACAAAUGAUUCUGGUGGAAAUUCUUUUGUUGCUGAACAUUUGGUUGCCCAACAUGUUGCUAUAAAGAUGCUUCACUCUCGCAUCAAACUUGUUUUAGAAUAUGUCAAAGAUGUUCAAGAUGGAAAAUUGAAGCCGAAUCUUGAAAUACUCCGCGAAGCUUUUACAUUAAGCCAUCGCUUACCAGUCGUUCAAAGUCCAGCAUUCAAGGAAGAAUUCCACACACAAUCCAAUGAUGUUGGCUUAAUAACAUAUUUGGGGACAUUAACAAAGGCAGCAAACGACAUAAAUCAAUUGGUGAAUAAGUUCAAUCUUUUGCACGAUCGUCAGAGUCGUCGCAUGAGAUUUUUCUUUUAA